CACGAAGGAUGUUACACUGUGAUUAUACAUUUACAGUGGUUUCGGUUGAAAAUAAUAUUUAUUCGACGGGUACAGAGUUAUAUAUUAUAUUACAGGAGGUAUUAAUAUUCAGGCGCGGUGGUCUUUUGCUCUGAGAUCCCGCGAGCGGCCACUUCGGAGACACAAAAUGUCUGGAAAGAGUUUUCGUGUGAGCGACGGAGACUGGAUUUGUCCCGAUAAAAAAUGUGGAAAUGUGAACUUUGCCAGAAGAACGAGCUGUAACCGAUGUGGAAGGGAGAAAACGACUGAGGCGAAGCUGAUGAAGGCAGGAGGAACUGAGAUCGGGAAGACUCUGGCUGAGAAAAGCAGGGGGCUCUUCAGUGCCAACGACUGGCAGUGCAAAACAUGUGGAAACGUGAACUGGGCCAGAAGAUCAGAGUGUAACAUGUGCAACACGCCCAAAUAUGCCAAGCUUGAGGAAAGAACAGGAUACGGCGGAGGUUUCAACGAGAGAGAGAAUCUGGUUUACAACGAGAGGGAAGAGUCCGAUGGGGAAUACGACGAGUUCGGCCGCAUUAAAAAGAAGUUCAGAGGAAAAAACAAGAGCGAGAAAAAGGGAGAUCCUGAAAAGAAAAACGAGGAUGACGACGAAGAGGAGGAGGAAGACGAUGAAGAUGGCGAUCUUUCCAAAUACAAACUUGAUGACGAUGAUGAUGACGACGACGGCGGCGGCGAAGACGACGGCGAUGAUGACGACGAAGACGACGCAGAUUUGUCCAAGUACGAUCUGGAUGUGAGCGACGAGCUGAAGCCGUCGAGAAGAAAGAAAGCGGCUCAGGAUCUUCUGGCUCGUCCUCUCGCUCCUCCAGCUCAAGCUCUCGGUCCAGGUCCAGAUCCCGGUCCAGGAGCUCGUCCGGUUCCAGAUCACGCUCUCGCUCGAGGUCUCGCUCAAGAUCCAGCUCCCGCUCUGGGAAAGACUCCGCCUCCUCGAGAAAGAGGUCUCGCUCGUCCUCGGCGUCCCCUGAGAGAGGCCAGAAGAGAAGUCGCUCCAGAUCCUCCUCUGGCGGACGCAAAAAAAGACGCUCUCGCUCCCACUCGUCCGAAAGGGGACGUGGCUCAUCCGGAUCGUCUCGUUCUGGCUCGGCCUCACAAAAGAAAUAAUUCAGAAAAAUAAAAAUAACCCACACACAGAAAUAAGGGGAGAGGAAAUCUUUCUAGAACUGCAUGUUGUCUUAAGGGAGAGAAACAAAACUCUGCCGUUUCAACCGAGUGCACUGCUCAUAUGUUCAGUCCUUUUUUUUUUUUUCUUUUUUUUUCUCCCCUUGAUGAUUCAGUAACUAAAAAUCUGCCUUUCUGAGCGUGUGGAAUCUCUAAUCUGUCUGAGUUUCAUUUGCUGAAGGUAGUUUAAGGAGCUUCAUGUAGAACUAAAGAAUUAUUUAGAUCACACUGGUUUUCCCGUUCGAAAUUCUCUAAAUUGUGUUUGAGGGCUGAUUGUAAUUCAGUAAUCGAUUUGUUUCUUUUCAUUGUGUAAGACGAAGGUAAGUAUGCGUUUCUUUUUGUUGGAGGGAAAAUUUUUAGCCAUAUUGAUCAAAUUUGCCUUUUUCUUUUUUUUUUUUUUAAAUAAAGUUAAUCUCUGGAAGCUUUAGAUUUAUAAAAGUCCUGAUUGGCACCGAAACAUGCAAAAAAGUAGUCACGGUUUGUUCAGGAACCAGCUCUGCAACGCCAGAACCUUAAUAACAUGCGAAAUCGGGACGCAUCAUGUGAAGCGACGCUUCGAUUCGUUACAAAUUCUUGACCAUGUGAUCAGCGUGAAUAAAAAACUGUUCAAACUUUA